CGGCAGACUGAAGAGCCGGCGAGCGGCGGGACAACCAGGCAGCUACACGACCCCGCUGCUGCAGCUCCGACGGGACGGACAGGACAGAGGUCUUCACCGACCGAGAAGGAGUGACACUGUGCCGGGUCCCCUCAUUGUGUGCAGCAGCACCAUGGCAGCUAUGGGGCCUGAGUACAGAGCUGGAGCAGGGUCAGGCGUGACGACAGCGUGUCCGUCCGGACUACAGACCUGCAUCUCUGCAACGACGCACAACAACGACAUUCAGCACACUGUUGUGUAUACACAGAGCUGUGUGCAGACUGAGAACGCUUUCAUAGAGAGUGGGCAUCACAAGAACAAAACAUCCGUUCACCUGCAGAGGGAGGCUGAGCGAGGCUGGAGCAACCUGGCCGCUCCCUUGCAAAAUGUGGGACCCACAGUGCACCUUGGCAGAGCGUCGACUACUCGAGAAGCACCAUACAGCUUCCGCAGCCCAGAGUCAGUGGAGAUGGACGAGAUCAUGGCCGCCAUGGUUCUGACCAGCCUGUCCUGUAGCCCCGUGAUCCAGAGUCCUGCACAGACAGAUCCAGGACCAGCUGGCUCAUCAUCGUCAGCUGACAUGGAGUGUGGUGGCGGCGAGCUGUCCGACAGCGGCAGCAGCGGCUACUGGAGCUGGGACCACGGUAACGUGAGCCCCACCCCCUCGCCGUCCGUCACCGAGAUGGACAGCAGCCCCGAUGACGGCCUACACAUGGAGCUGGAGCAGGGAGAGGAGCUUAAUGCCAAAAAGCCAAAGAGCUCUUUCAGAGGCGUGUACAAGUGUCUGUGGCCCAGUUGUGGCAAGGUGCUCACAUCUUCAGUCGGAAUAAAACGACACAUCCGCGUGCUACAUCUGGGCAGUGGAUCAGAUCAGUCCCAGAGGGAGGAGGACUUCUACUACACCAAGAUCUCCUGUGAGACCGUGGAUGCCAACUCCGCUCCAGCUCCUUCCCAGCAGGCUCUGGGCCAGGCCUCGUCCUCUCAUCUCAGCUGGGCCUCCUGUGGUUCUCCCCCAGCCUCAGGGCUCCAGAUCCCCCCGGCACACAGGCCCAGAUCCAACUCCAGCUCCGGGCCGGGCCCGAGCAGGCCCAGUCCACUCAGCCAGUCAGCCCCCAGCAGCUUCUGGCAGAUCCACUCAGAGCAUCUCUAUCAGGCCUGUAGCCCCAUCCAGGUAUCUGUGGCCCCCAGAAGCCCUGGCUGCCAAGGCUGGACGCCCGCCACCUCUGUCUCCAGCCACAGUAACACUCCGAUGGUGAAGCCUCGCUGCCGGUCUGUCAGCGUUGGGGAACAGUGGCUCCAACAGAACAGGCUGCAGACUAUGAGCGCGUCGCCCUCUCGCACUCACUGCUCCUUCAGGAAGGGUCGCGGGGAGGCCAAGAAAUGCCGCAAGGUGUACGGGGUGGAGCGCAAGGAUCAGUGGUGCACCGCCUGCCGCUGGAAAAAAGCCUGCCAGCGCUUCCCUGACUAAAAACAGUUGUGUGAUGAUGAGAGAGGGAGCGUGAGAGACAAAGAGGUGGCCGGUUGGAUAAGUGAUAAAAGAGACUUUUAUCAAAAAGAGGAGAUAAAUCAGGGCCUGAGAGCCAUCAAGAAAAACAACAGUUCUUUUAUUACAUGUGUCUUUUUUUACUUUCAGCCUGUUUUGUUUUUUUCCUAAAGGAAUGCAAAAUGAGUUUUCUGUAUCUUUGUAACUUGAUCCUGAGGACUGAAGUCUGCGAUGGUGCCAACCGUUGACUGACUUUGACCAUGUGAUGUGCUAAGCCUACAAUACUCUCCUACUUUAUCCAAAGGUCAUAUUACUGCCCCUGUAGCUCCACUUUAUUAGACUGCUACUUGGCUGUUUUCUUUAUUCCAACCCUCUCUUCCAGUGGUUACACAGUGGUUAUGAUGUACAUUAUAUUGUGUGCUUUGAGUUACAUACAAGUAUUUUAUACCUUUUUUUUAUCGUCUUGUUCAGCCCAUGUAUUGGGCAGAUUAUUUUUUGGAAUAUUCAUGUUUUUUGGCACUUUGUUGGAAUAUAAACUCACAAGAAUAAGCUAUAUUUGGUUUGACUCAACCAAGUUCCUUCCAUGAAAUGAAAUGGAUUUCCUUCCUGCCCGUGUUGUUGGCAUACGACCAGUGUUGUAAGGUUUUACCCAUGAAGCUAUGGAGUCAUAGUGAUGGGACUAGCAUUAGGAGAAAAAGUUUGUAAUAGCAAUAAAAAAGAGGAAAUAUAUUGUCAGACACAUUAAAAAGC